AUGCGUUGGCUAUAAUCGAUUUCUAAACCGGGAAGUUCAUUUUCGGAAAAAAAAACAUCAAGUGUUGUGUUAAUGAGUCAGCCGAAAGGAUUGGCCGUAGUGAUAAUUCAGAUUAUAACAUUUUACUUUGUUCAGGAAUACCAAGCACGAAAAAAGGCGGAUCGAUGAUCUGUUAGCAAACAGAAUGGCGAAUCGACCAUGGGGUACACCAUGGGGACAAUUUAAACAAGGAAUCCGUUUCAGUCAACCGUUGAAUGAUCCCCUUAGUAUCAUUGGAAGAUUUUUUUCUUUGAAAUCGUCUGCGAAACGAGCGCUUGCCAAAAAUGACCUAGGAUUGGCUUUAGAAUGUUACACAAAAGCACUGGAGAUAUUACUGAUUCACCCACAGCAACACUUACCAGCUCAAAUAGCAAAUGAACACCAUUUGAUAUUGUGUAACAGAUCACUGGUACAUUAUAAACAAGGGCUGUAUAAACAGGCCGAGGAUGAUGCUUUGGCUGCAAUUGAAAUAUGUCCACGCCAUUUAAAGAGUUACUGGAGAGCUUGUCAAGCAAUAAUUGCGAGGUCACGUGAUAAACAACAAGAUGCCAUGUCGUACCUCGUUAAAGGUCUGAGUUUGACUUUUCAAGGAGAAGGGAAUAGACGAGACCAAAUAGAUUUUUUAACAGAACUUUGCAAAAUUGCCAUAGAAGCCCCAAGGACAGAUAAGAUGGUAUCUAUGCUCUGCAGUCUGCAGUUACCUGAUACUAGGGACAAGGUUUGGCUUUCUGUUUUAAAGAAUCUUAUGGACCAAAACAAGUGGGAAAGCAUGGCUAUGAUUCUGAUACAUUAUGAUCCAAGGGGCGUUCGGCAUUCUUUGAAUACACUUGAUGUCACACAAUGGCAUUGUAGUGACAUAAACAUUGGCAAACUAUUAAGUGCACUGUCUGAUGAUGAGAUGCAAAGAUGGGGCGAACAACUGGCAGUUUGUCUGCUUCAGAAAGGAGCGAUUGUUGACACUAUUGGGGAACAUUACAUGACAAACGCAUUACACUUUGUUGUAAAAUUGUCCCUAAGAAUAGGUUCAGUUAGACUUCUAAGACAUGUUCUUGAAAACUACAAGGACGAUCCAGAAAUGAUGAACUCCAAAGAUGAACAUGGGAACACAGCUAUCCACAUCGUAGCAAAAUCAGAGGUCAACGAAGAUUUUUGCGAGGCUGUAUUAACUCUAUUGCUUAAAAACAACUGUGACGCUUCUAUCCAAAACAAAAACGAUAAAAAGCCUAUCGACUUUAUCAGCAAGCAGAGCAAACUGUUUUCAUUGCUGAAACAAAACUCAGUAUCAGUGCAAGAACUUCGUGAAACAUUGGAAGCAUUUAAGACUGAAGGAAACAAGGCAAAAAAGAGCAAAGAAUAUACUAAAGCGUUGCAAAUGUAUGACGAGGCACUUGACGUUGCUCAACAGUCUCCAGAGUUGUACAAAGAAGCCGCUAUACUAUAUAGCAAUAAGUCCAAUGUACUGCACCAAAUGAAUGAAUUUGAAGGCGCCCUUGCUAAUGCUAUUGCUGCUGUAAACUCAGACCCUGAAUACUCAAAAGGGUACUACCGGAAUGGAAAAGCUCUUUUGUGUUUAGGAUCUGCAAAAGACGCAUUUAUUACUUUUAUUGAUGGAUGUUUGAAGUCGAAAGACGACGCAGAUACAAUAACUCUUCUCAUCGAAGCUACAACGAUUAUAGACAAUCUUUCAAGUAACGACAUCAAAACCUGCUACGAGAUGUUGUUCAAAGUAGAAACUUCUAUCUGGCCAUCUGUUCUGACACAACUCAGUAAAAAAGCAGAAUGGAAAUCAAUAGCAUACUUGAUACUUGGCUCAAAUUUGGAUGCUUGUAGAUGUUGCGAAUUGUUUACAGCUGAUUGUAUAGAUCAGUUCUGUUCUGGUGUGGCUGGCAAGAUUUCUACCGCUGAUAUAGAAACUUGGACUAUUUUCAAGUACUUGAAUCAGCAUGACGGGAAAGAUAUUGUUCAUUGGUUGGAUGCUGUCCUAUUCGCAGUUUACUCACAUGGGGGCGAACAGACGUUGAAAAAUUUUGCAGUAAAUGGCAGAGACUGUCCGUUACACGCUGUUGCAAGAUUUGUCUUACAAACAGGAAGGACUUCACUCCUUGAGGUAUUUCCGCGGCAAUCUUCAAGUUGGUCUGACAUGAGCACUGCGGGCGAAUCAGUAUUUCAUUUACUCGCAAACUAUAAGCCUCCUGUUCCAGCAGAUUUCCUUGUGAAAGUGACUAAAACUUUACUUGAGAAAGGAUAUAGGAACAUUGUUAAGACGGAUAGAAACAAUAUGCUCCCCUAUGACUGCCUUGAUAUCAAGUAUCCCUUGUGCGUUUUUGACUUGUUCCUACCAAAUAACAUGUGUGACGUAUCACUGAAAGCGCAAAAAUUAAAUUACAUUGGGUUUUUGAAGCAUCGCAAUGGUGAAUACAGUGAUUCAAUUGUACUGUUCAGCAAAGCUCUUGAAGUUUACCCGCAAAAGGACCCUUCAGUGGUAAUGUGUAUAUAUGUAUACACUGUAGCUAUAAAACACAUAUCAUUACAGCACACAUAUGUAAUUUCAAAUCGAAUAUUUAUCAAACACAGUAAGACGUUUUAAAGCGUCCUGAAAAAUUAACAAACGACAAAUGCCCUGUGUUUGGAAAAUUAAGUGCUUAAUGUCGAACGUAAAUAAUAUGUUUUAGUUGAUUUUCUUUUAAAACUCUUCUUGUCGAUAACUGCUGGCUAGAUUUUGUAUAAUUAUAUAAAAAAGUUCUUCGGUGACCAUCUACUUAGUAUUUUCAGAUUAUUCCGGUUCCUCAAUGAGAAUGGUCAGUAGGCUUGCUCUAUUUUCCCUAUUUCACAAAAUAUUCUAUUGGCUCAUCAAAAAGUGGUCGUCAGGUUGGAUGGUUUUAUUUUCUCUAUAUGUAUCUGGUUAGAAACUUUCAGAAACGUCUGGCUGCAUUAAAAUAUCAUAUUAAACAUACAUUCCCUUAGUGGUACCCUAUCAUGACAGUUUGAAUUAUUCUGAUUUAUCUCAAAUUAGAAGGCACAGUCACUUUUCCCAUUAUGUUUAGUGUAAAUCUGAGCCUUUCGUUUAAAACAAACUAGCCGGCAUAUGAUGUGUUUUGUGCCCCCCAUCCCCCCACCCCCCUCAUGAGUGGUAGGGGCAUAUAAGUUUUUGAUAUAAAUUGAUGAAAUCUUGCAUGAGUCUUUAUCGUGAUAUGAACUUGUUAUUUUUCGUCUGGCUCCGCCCUCUAUGUUUUGAGUUAUGGCCCCUGAAAUUGUCAAAAAUGCACAUUUUCACCUUGUGACAAGCCUAGCUCAAAAAAUAUUUGAUAUAGAGUCAUGAAACCUUGGAUGAGUCAUAAUCAUGAUAUGAACUUCCCCCACCCAAUUUUCAGAGUUAUGGCCCCUGAAAUAGUAAAAUAUGCACAUUUUCACCUUGUGACGGGCCUAGCUCAAAAAGUAUUUCAUAUAUAUUGAUUAAACCUUGCAUGAGUCUUUAUGAUGAUAUGAAAUUGUGCACCUUCUAUUUUUCGUCUGACUUUUUUUUCUUUUUAGAGCUAUGGCCCCUGAAAUAGUCCAAAAUGCAUGUUUUCACCUUGAGACACGCUUAGCUCAAAAAGUAUUUGAUAUAGUUUCAUGAAACCUUGCACGAGUCUUAACUCCCUGAGGCCGAUAUCGUAACAUACCUGCUGCGGCGGGAUAAGAAUUACCACCCGACGUCGAAGAACAUUAUCUAACCUUAUCAUAAUCACACUCGCAUACAGUCAGUUGAAAUCAUGCAGGGAAAUUAACUUGGGUGUAAAUUGAAAAUAACUUACAAAAUAUUUGAAGUUUGAACAAAUAUUUUUUAUAUCCAAUUUCGUAUAUUCAAAUAGAACAAAAUUUUCACUUCGAAAUAUUCAUAAUUUCUACUGCGUUUAAUAGAUACUUGAACAUUAAAUUCCCAUAAAUAGAAAUGCAUCAUAAACACUGAAUAUUUACAUCAACAUUACUUAAACUUACACCCGUUUUUGUGUGAAUAUCAGUGGUUUAUUUUGAUGUAUAAUCUAUUUCUAAACAUGUACACAAAUGUUGUAUGUCACGCGCUGAGACAGUUAAAUUGUAAUAUUUACACCCAUCUUUGAAAAAUUAUUAAAUUUACAAACAUGCGUUUAUUUACAUAUGCUUCUUUAUAUUUUAUGAAAUAUGUUUUGUUGUGUUAUUUUUUGUCCAUUUGUAUCGUAUGUAAUGUAAGUGU